AUGGCCGAUGCUGAUAUUGCGGAUAUGUUGAAGGCUUGGGGCCUGGAACAAUAUAUUGAUGUUUUUCAAAAUGAAGGCAUAGACAUUACUUGUUUGAACAUUUUAACUGAAGAUAUGAUGAAAGAACUUGUUCCUAAAAUCGGUCAUAGAGCAAAAAUUAAGGCAAAUGUAGAUGAAUGGAGAAAAUUACUAGAUUUAACCAAUGAUACUUAA